AUCAUUAAAGGGUACGAGCACUGCAUCGCAGCCAAAGAGCCAUGACAUUCGACGAAUUACAACGCAAGAUUACUCCCGUGCAACUCAGUUGCGAAACAUCACCAAAUCGCGGCUCCUCCGUCCCUCAAAUCGAAGCAAUCCCUAAACCGUGCAAACCGCUUCGACAAUGGCAGUCCGAGCAAAACAUCGACCGUAAUGCGCAAAUUAAACUUAUCAAACUCGUACAUAUGCGCUACCAACACCCCGACCUCGAUGAGAUCACAGUCUUCCUGCGCGACUUCGGCAUGACAGUCGCCCACAAGACUGACUCCGCCCGGUGGUUCAAAGGCUAUGGUGACGACCAGUAUGUCUAUUACGCCCAAAAGGGCGAAAAGAAAUUUCUAGGAGGAUGUUUCGAAGUAGAAAGCUACUCCGAGCUGGAGAACGCGGCGAAAGUUUCAGGAGCUGGAAAGAUCGAGGAACUCACCGACGCCCCAGGAGGCGGGCACCUCAUCACGUUGCACGAUCCAGAGGGCUUCCCUAUCUCUCUAAUCAAUGGCCAAGAAAAGAAACAACCAGGUCCCUACCCCGAAAUCCUCACAACGAACUACGAAAACGAAAAGCCGCGGAUCGCGCGCUUCCAGCGCUUCAAGCCCGGGCCCGCAGCAGUCCACAAGCUCGGCCACUACGGCCUCUGCGUGCAGAACUUCUCGUCCCAAAUGUCCUGGUACACACGCACAUUCAACAUCGUGCCCACGGAUAUACUUUACGUAAACACGCCAGACGGAAACAAGAAAGACGUAGCAGUCUUCGCGCACAUCGACCUCGGUCCCUCCUACACCGACCACCACACCAUCUUCUUCAGCACGAACAAGACGAGCCAUGUACAUCACAGCAGUUUCGAGGUGCACGACUUUGACACGCAGAACCUGGGGCAUGAGUGGCUAGCAAAGAAGGGGUACAAGUCAGUCUGGGGAGUAGGAAGGCAUAUCCUGGGGAGUCAGUUGUUUGACUACUGGUGGGACACGACUGGAAACAUGAUCGAGCACUACGCAGAUGGCGAUCUUGUCAAUGAAGACACACCCGUUGGGUGGGGGGAGGCUGGGGAUGAGAGUUUGGCGGUUUGGGGGCCAGAGGUGCCAAAAUGGUUUUUGGAUUGAGGGGGAGUUGUGGGAACUGUGAAGAGGAGAAUUGAAGGUUCACUGUCUCACAGCUGCGUGGAUUGGUAGGAGCGCUGGAGGCUGG